CCCAAAUCAACGGUUCUGUUCAAUUACUAGGGGACUAAAUUUGUGGUUACUCUUAAGAAAACCCCCUUCGAAUAUUUUUCAGAAAUUCUCGCGACCCCCUGGAUCACCGCCGUCGAGGGUUGCAGGGAUUUAUAGUCUACUCCGCCUACACACAUAAUUUUGAAGAUCGGAACAAUGGUGUACAUUAUAUCGUGGGACGAUUUUGUCGAAAGAUCCGUCCAGUUGUUCCGCGCUAGUCCGGAAAAAACUCGUUAUGUGAUGAAAUACAGACAUUCUGAAGGUAAAUUGGUUCUCAAGGUCACUGAUGACAAAGAGUGUCUCAAGUUCAAAACAGAUCAAGCACAAGAUGCCAAGAAGAUGGAGAAACUUAACAACAUUUUUUUUACUCUCAUGGCUCGUGGUCCUGAAACUGAUAUAACAGAAGUGACAGGAAAAGAACAAACAGCACAGCCUCCAAAGAGAGGAAGAGGAAGGAAGCAAUAGGAAAUAGGAAUUGCCUUUUGAUUCUUCUUGCUUUUCUGGACUUGUCAAUGCAAUGCUUUAUUUUUACUUUUUAUAAAACACCACUUCCCCAUAUUUACAGAUUGUAAUUUUGACUUGUAUGAAUUUAGAUUAUAAUUUGGACUUUUGGUUGCUUUUUUGCA